AUGCCGAAAAACAAGGGAAAAGGUGGAAAGAAUCGUCGUCGGGGUAAAAAUGAAAAUGACGAUGUCAAACGUGAAUUAAUUCUCAGAGAAGAAGGACAAGCUUACGCACAAGUGACACGUAUAUUGGGGAAUGGUCAUUUAGAAGCAUUCUGCUUCGAUACAGCUGGAGGAAAGAAACGUCUCUGUCACAUUCGUGGAAAAUUACGCAAGAAACAAUGGAUUAAUCAAGGUGAUGUCAUUCUUAUUGGCUUACGUAGUUAUCAAGAUGACAAAGCCGAUGUUAUUAUGAGAUAUCUCGCCGAUGAAGCACGAGAGCUAAAGCGAAUGCAACAAAUUCCGGAAAAUAUUAAUAUUGCCGAAUCCACAACCAACAAUACAGAAGGACUAGAUGAUGUUAUCUUCGAUGAGCGCCAUAAUAACGAGGAAUCUGACGAGGAAGAAGAUGGUUUACCACGAAAUCUGAAUGGCCGAGGCACUGGGAAUAAUGAGAGUUUGUCUGAGGAAGAGUCCAAUGGAGAGGAUGAUGAUGGACAAGAGUAUUAUAAUCCAAAUCGAAUGCCGAUGAAGACGGGCAAUCUGAAUGCACGAAAUUUGAUAGGCACGAAAAAAGAGUCAGGCAAAGGUGCACGAAAUGAUCGGCGGCAAGCGCUCUCUGGUUCAGAUUCCGAAGGACAUGAUGAGUUAGCACAUAUUUAA